AUCCUCUCCCCCCCCCCCCCCAGAACUAUCAUCCGCCUGCUAACCCUAAUUCUUCCCGAAUCACUCCAUCCCAGGGACCCCUGAGAACAGAGCACCAUGGGCAGAGGGGAGGGGCGAGAGUACUCGCCAGCGGCGACCAACGCCGACAACGGCGGGGGGAAGAAGAAGAUGAAGGAGAGGGAGAUGGAUGAGCUGAAGAAGGAAGUGACCAUGGAAGACCACAAGCUCUCCCUGGACGACCUGGUGAAGAAAUACGGCACGGAUCUUUCCAAGGGUUUGACGACCACCCGCGCCAGCGAGAUCCUGGCCGAGGAAGGACCCAACGCCCUCACCCCUCCGCCCACCACCCCGGAGUGGGUGAAGUUUUGCCGCCAGCUCUUUGGUGGCUUCUCCAUCUUGCUGUGGAUUGGCGCCACCCUCUGCUUCCUGGCUUACGGGAUUCAGAUCGCCAUGGAGGACGAGCCGAUCAACGACAACCUGUACCUCGGCGUGGUCUUGGCUGCUGUCGUCAUCGUCACCGGAUGCUUUUCAUACUACCAAGAGGCCAAGAGCUCCAAGAUCAUGGACUCCUUCAAGAACAUGGUGCCCCAGCAAGCUCUGGUGAUCCGCGAGGGGGAGAAGCUGCAGAUUAACGCCGAGGCCGUGGUGUGCGGAGAUCUGGUGGAGGUGAAAGGCGGGGACCGCGUUCCGGCAGAUUUGAGAAUCAUCUCCUCUAAUGGCUGCAAGGUGGAUAAUUCUUCGCUGACCGGGGAGUCCGAACCACAGACCCGCUCACCGGAAUUCACCCAUGAAAAUCCUCUGGAGACCAGGAACAUCGCCUUCUUCUCAACCAACUGUGUGGAAGGAACUGCACGAGGUGUCGUCAUAGCCACCGGCGACCGCACCGUCAUGGGUCGCAUUGCUACGCUGGCUUCAGGCCUUGAAGUAGGGCGCACGCCCAUUGCCGCGGAAAUUGAGCACUUCAUUCACAUCAUCACGGGUGUGGCGGUCUUCCUGGGGGUCUCGUUCUUCGUCCUUUCCCUCAUCCUUGGCUACUCCUGGUUGGAAGCGGUCAUCUUCCUCAUCGGGAUCAUCGUGGCUAACGUGCCAGAGGGUCUUCUGGCCACCGUCACGGUGUGCUUAACGCUAACAGCCAAGAGGAUGGCCCGUAAGAACUGCCUUGUGAAGAACCUAGAAGCCGUGGAGACCCUUGGGUCCACCUCCACCAUCUGCUCCGAUAAGACCGGGACGCUGACACAGAACCGGAUGACCGUGGCCCACAUGUGGUUUGACAAUCAGAUCCACGAGGCCGACACCACCGAGGACCAGUCAGGAACCACUUUUGAUAAACGCUCUCCCACCUGGACCGCCCUCUCCCGGAUCGCCGGCCUCUGCAACCGCGCCGUCUUCAAAGGGGGCCAAGAAAAGACGCCCAUUUCCAAGAGAGGUACAGCAGGGGAUGCCUCCGAGUCGGCUCUGCUCAAGUGUAUAGAGCUCUCCUGCGGCUCUGUGAAGAAAAUGAGAGACAAGAACCCGAAAGUGGCUGAAAUUCCCUUCAACUCCACCAACAAAUACCAGCUGUCCAUCCAUGAACACGAGGGGAGCAAAGAGGGCCACCUGCUGGUGAUGAAGGGGGCUCCAGAAAGGAUUUUGGACCGCUGCUCCUCUAUCAUGCUGCACGGAGUGGUGCACCAGCUGGACGAAGAGAUGAAAGAUGCCUUUCAGAAUGCCUACUUUGAACUGGGAGGACUGGGAGAGAGAGUGUUGGGGUUCUGCCAGUCUUAUAUGUCCACCGAGAAUUUUCCACGUGGCUUCAAGUUUGACACGGAUGAAGAAAACUUCCCCCUCACCGGCCUGUGCUUCGUAGGCCUGAUUUCCAUGAUUGACCCACCCAGGGCUGCUGUACCGGAUGCCGUUGGGAAAUGCCGCAGUGCUGGGAUCAAGGUCAUCAUGGUGACCGGCGACCACCCAAUUACCGCCAAGGCCAUCGCUAAAGGAGUGGGCAUCAUCUCCGAGGGGAACGAGACGGUGGAGGACAUCGCCGCUCGCCUUAACAUCCCGUUGAAUCAGGUCAAUCCCAGGGAGGCGAAGGCGUGCGUGGUCCACGGGUCGGAUCUGAAGGACUUCACCGCGGAGCAGCUGGACGACCUCCUGAAGAAUCACACGGAGAUCGUCUUCGCCCGCACCUCGCCGCAGCAGAAGCUGAUCAUUGUGGAGGGUUGUCAGAGACAGGGCGCCAUUGUGGCGGUGACCGGGGACGGCGUCAACGACUCUCCGGCUCUGAAAAAAGCCGAUAUCGGCGUGGCUAUGGGCAUAGCGGGGUCGGACGUCUCUAAACAAGCCGCAGACAUGAUCCUAUUGGACGAUAACUUCGCCUCCAUUGUGACCGGCGUGGAAGAAGGUCGGCUCAUUUUUGACAACCUGAAGAAGUCCAUCGCCUACACCCUGACCAGCAACAUCCCGGAGAUCACGCCCUUCUUAUUCUUCAUCAUCGCCAACAUCCCUCUGCCCCUGGGCACCGUCACCAUCCUAUGUAUUGAUCUGGGCACAGACAUGGUGCCCGCCAUCUCGCUGGCGUACGAAGCUGCCGAAAGCGACAUUAUGAAAAGACAGCCCAGGAACCCCCGAACGGACAAACUGGUGAACGAGCGCCUAAUUAGCAUGGCCUAUGGGCAGAUUGGUAUGAUCCAGGCUCUGGGCGGCUUCUUCACCUACUUUGUCAUCCUGGCGGAAAACGGCUUCCUGCCGUCUCGGUUGGUCGGGAUCCGAUUGGACUGGGACGAUCGCUCGAUGAACGACGUAGAAGACAGCUACGGACAACAGUGGACCUACGAGCAGCGGAAGGUGGUGGAAUUCACGUGUCACACGGCGUUCUUCGCCAGCAUUGUGGUGGUCCAGUGGGCCGAUUUGAUCAUCUGUAAGACCAGAAGGAAUUCCGUCUUCCAGCAAGGAAUGAAGAACAAGAUUUUGAUAUUUGGGCUCCUUGAAGAGACCGCGCUCGCUGCUUUCCUGUCCUACUGCCCGGGGAUGGAUGUGGCCCUCCGAAUGUACCCUCUCAAGGUGACGUGGUGGUUCUGCGCCUUCCCCUACAGCUUACUCAUCUUUGUGUACGACGAAGUGCGCAAAUAUAUCUUACGCCGUGACCCCGGAGGAUGGGUGGAGAAGGAGUCGUACUAUUAAGGACUUGGCUUGCCAAGAAGGAACCAGGAACCAUCUGGAAAAGGAAGAAUGCCGAUGCUGUGGAUUAGUUGGUUUCAUAAUACCCUAAGCAUUUUUUUUUUUAAUCCUGCUGUGUAAGCUCAGGGGGGGGGGGGGGGGGGGGGGGGGGGGGGGAAAGGUUAAUGACAUGAGCGGGACAUAAGCAGUCAAGUCAACUAUCAUUUUUGGUCCUAAAAGCUUCCCGUACUCGGCAAACGUCAACUUUAACCUUUCAAGAAAUGUUAUGUCCGUCCUACAAGCUUCCCGUACUCAACAAAGGUCAACUUUAACCUUUCAUGAAAUUUUAUGUCCGUCCUACAAGCUUGCCGGACUCAACAAAGGUCAACUUUAACCUUUCAUGAAAUUUUAUGUCCGUCCUACAAGCUUCCCGUACUCAACAAAGGUCAACUUUAACCUUUCAUGAAAUUUUAUGUCCGUCCUACAAGCUUGCCGGACUCAACAAAGGUCAACUUUAGCCUUUCAAGUAAUUUUAUGUCCGUCCUACAAGCUUGCCGGACUCAACAAAGGUCAACUUUAGCCUUUCAAGUAAUUUUAUGUGCGUCCUACAAGCUUGCCGGACUCAACAAAGGUCAACUUUAGCCUUUCAAUAAAUUGUAUGUCCGUCCUACAAGCUUCCCGUACUCAACAAAGGUCAACUUUAACCUUUCAUGAAAUUUUAUGUCCGUCCUACAAGCUUGCCGGACUCAACAAAGGUCAACUUUAACCUUUCAUGAAAUUUUAUGUCCGUCCUACAAGCUUGCCGGACUCAACAAAGGUCAACUUUAGCCUUUCAAUAAAUUGUAUGUCCGUCCUACAAGCUUGCCGGACUCAACAAAGGUCAACUUUAACCUUUCAUGAAAUUUUAUGUCCGUCCUACAAGCUUGCCGGACUCAACAAAGGUCAACUUUAGCCUUUUAGGAAAUGUUAUGUCCGUCCUACAAGCUUGCUGGACUCAACAAAGGUCAACUUUAACCUUUCAAUAAAUGUUAUGUCCGUCCUACAAGCUUGCCGGACUCAUCAAAGGUCAACUUUAGCCUUUUAAGAAAUGUUAUGUCCGCCUGGGAACUUCCUACCUUUUUCCUAAACAAAAGGUGUUUCUCAAAAUUUGCAUCUUAUUCACCAAAAAUUGCCAAUUUUUGUAAGAAUACUCCAACCAAAAUUUACCAUCGAUAUUGCAUGAUUUUCUAAAAAUGUGUUACCCGUUAAUUUUCGUUAAAUUCUAUCUAAAGCCCAAAUAUUUUUGUUUUGGAAUGAAAUGUGGAAGAAUUUUACUAUCUGUAUCCCUGUUCCGGAGCUCCACCCUUUCUUUUUGUCCUGGUGGUCAUUGUUAUAGGGGCAUAAAGUCCAAAAAUGUCGAAGCUUUCACCAAAACAGGAGGUGGCAGCUAGCAUUUCCCUUUGCUUUGAAGAGAUUUUCUUCCUGCUGUCCUGACAGAUAAUGAUGGAAAAUCUCUUUCAUGAACUAAAAAAAGAAAAAACCUAAUGGUGGCUCCAACCCCUCACCGCUCCAAUCCAAAAAUUUUACAAAAUCAGCUUUAGAUAGACUUUAAUGGAAACUUCAUGAUGUACAGUCAUGGGCUAGUGUUGAAGCCUUCUAAAUUACGAAAUUAGAUGUCCAAUAAACCACCACCAACGAAGUUAAAGUCAAAGUCAACUAUCAUUUUUGGUCCUAAAAGCUUCCCGUACUCAACAAAGGUCAACUUUAGCUUUUCAAGAAAUGUUAUGUCCACCUGGGAACUUCCUACCUUUUUCCUAAACAAAAGGUGUUUCUCGAAAAUUUGCAUCUUAUUCACCAAAAAUUGCCAAUUUUUGUAAGAAUACUCUGACCAAAUUUACCAUAGAUAUUGCAUGACUUUCUAAAAAUGUGUUACCCGUUAAUUUUCGUUAAAUUCUAUCUAAAGCCCAAAUAUUUUUUUUUGUUUUGGAUGAAACGUGGAAGAAUUGCUAUCUGUAUCCCGGGUUCGGGAGCUCCACCCUUUCUUUUUGUCCUGGUGGUUGUUGUUAUAGGGUCAUAAUGUGGUGGGAAGUCCAAAAAUUUUGAGGCUUUCACCAAAACAGGAGGUGGCAGCUAGCAUUUCCCUUUGCUUUGAAGAGAUUUUCUUCCUGUUGUCCUGAAAGAUAUUGAUGGAAAAUCUCUUUCAUGAGCUAA